AUGGAAUGGGAUUCAGUUGUUUAUUCAAGAUGGCACCGGCCAAAACCCAGUCCUUACUUAUCACGGUUUAUCAAAGUUUGUUUUGGAAAUUCCCAAGAUCGCUAUAUGGUACCUGAAGAUCUUAUCCGUCCGCAUCGCCAAUUGUCGCGCCGUCUGAGCUAUAUUUCAACAUCCGAUGCUCUCGACCUUCAGGAAGCAGACAGUCAAGUGGGCCACACAUUUAUCCACUAUCUAUAUUCUGGAACGUAUGAGUCCCUUGAUUAUAAUGGUUUAAAUACCAUGUAUACUCGAGGAAAAGACUUUGAGCAUGGUAUUCUCGUUUAUUCUGCCGCGAUUGAAUACGACAUAGCAGAACUAGCUCAACUUGCCAAAGAUGAAGUGAGCCAGGCUGCAGCAGAUCUCGAACUCUCUAGUGUAAUCAGACAUGCUAGAAAGGUUUUCGACUCCUUACCGCGUGGGAACAAAUGGAUUUUCGAGCUCCUGGCGUCUUUGAUGGAGGAGCGUCUGGAGAAGGAUGCGCAUACUUUCCUAAAGGAAAACUUCUUCGAGGGCUUCGGCAAGCACGGGACCUUCGACCCGCAUCUGUGUCGAUUCAUUGUUGAGAUUUACGAGAAAAGAAUAUCCGAUCUGGCUGAAAAGAUUGAAGGAAACUCCGAACACGAUCAAGAAGAAUCUAUUCAUGAGAAUGGUGUCUCCGCAGAAGCAUCGGAUGAAGAACCAGAUCUCGACGCAGGCGACGAUGCUCCAGCGAUUGAAGACCUUGAAGCAUCGGAUGCAGAACCAAAUCCCGGCGCAGGCGACGAGGUUCUAGAGACUGAAGACCUUGAAGCGGAACAACCAACAGAACCGGCUUCCCCCAUUGAAUUUGACGUAACUGAUUCUCCGCCUGCUGAAGAAUAUAAACCGUCUGCAGAUCUUGAAAUCCCUGAACCCCAGUCAGAAGAUCAAAUCCAGGAAGAAAACGCGGCCGACCCUGAAACUCCAACUUUUGCUACUGAAAACCCCGGUAUUCUCGAACAAAAUCCUGAUCUGGUUGAAAAUACCAAAGAAGAUGUUUGGGAGUGGCCGAGCUCAUUGGCAGUUAGCAAGAAAUCCAAAAAGACCAAAAAGGACAAAAAGGAGAAAAAGGACAGAAAGAAAAGCAGCAAAGUAGAUUCAAGCCCAUGA